UAAAUACAUUUCUCUUCAAAAAUAUUAUUUUCAAAUAUGUUGCGUAUAAGUUGCAGUGCCAUAUAUAUAAAUCGUGUGCGUGUGUAUCUGUGCGUGUGUGUAUAAAAAAGUGUAUAUGCAUGGAACUGUGUUGUUGUAAUAUUAAAAAUUGAAGUAUACAUAUUUACCGUGGUAUAAAAAUACCUUAAUGAUACGGUAAUUAUUGCUGCGUAAUAAAAAAAAAUAAAAAAGUAUCACGCGUUAUUAAACUCGCGGAUUAUAAACAAAAAAUUUAUCGAUUUACGAUCGUAUAUAUUUGUGAUCAGAGAUUUGAAUUUGAAAGCGUUAUACGCAUAAGUUUGAAUGUUCUACUGGCGAGAUGGUCGACCCGGAAGUGAUCGUAUUUCUUGACGUCAAGUAUUAUCGAUGCACUAUUCUUGUUACGGUAUACAUUUAUAUAUAUACAUGUCGCAUCGCUGCAUUCGACGUUAUUCAUGCAGAGAGUAAUGCAUGCCAUAACCCAAUAAUUAUUCGAAAAACUUUUCCGAAGAGGGAGGAAGUCGUUUAGUUAUUCAAGAGUUCUUCGUCGUCCGGUCUCGUUCGGUUAUGUUAGAAGUUGCAUUACGUCUCGUUAUAUGUCACGUAUCUAAAGAAGUACCUUGAGAUCUUUCUUCACGGCGAGAUGAAUAAAUCCGCCAAAGUUACCGUGUCAGAAGGUCUGGCGAAAUUGGAUUAUCUUUUCAAAUGGAACCGAGUCCUGUUGAGAUCCUUUGGCGUAUGGCCGCUCGAUCACACCUCGACAUCAAGACUUGAGCGUUUUGGUACAUUUUUGUUGAUUUUAAAUCUCGGAACUUUGGUAAUCGCAGAAUGGAACGACUUGAUUCAAAUUUCGGGCAAUUUCGAUCUGAUGCUUGACAAUCUUACCGCGAAUUUGGGCACCUCGUUGGCACUGGUUAAACUCUUUAUUAUACGCUGGAAUGUUGAUACACUUCAGAACCUCAUCGCUGAUGUUCAAAACGACUGGUCCGUCGGUUAUACUGCUGAGGAUAUUAAGGUGAUGAUGGCUCGAGCUAGGAUCGGUCGUUGGUUUUCAAUCGCAGGUCCACUUUUGUCGUUGCCCUCGGGUCUCUUCUUUUCGUUCACACCUCAAGUUAUUACGCUCUCGAUGAAUGGGACGGAAAUAUCGAUGUUGUUGCCGUUCAGAUCUAUGUACUUUUACGACGUGACGUCGACGCCCGUUUACCAAUUCACUUACUUUUCGCAAUCCGUAGCCAGCUGCACAUCAUCGGCUGCUUAUUCCGGUAUCGACUGUUUUUUCGCGGCAUUAGCUUUUCACGUUUGUGGCCAACUCGAAAUACUCGGUAGUACGAUUCGUGGAUUCGACGGAAAAGAUUAUCGUAUGGUUAAACAUCUCGUCGAACGUCAUCUGCGAUUGAUCGAGUACAUCAACGAUUUGGAAAGCAUUUAUUCUACAGUUAUUUUCGGUCAACUUCUGGUAACAUCGUUGGCGAUAUGCAGUAUUGGAUUCAAGUUCACAAUGUCUUUGGACACCGAGGAUUUUGGGGAUAUUGGAAAGUUUUCGGUAUAUCUAUCCGCAGUUUUGAUACACGUAUUUUUGUAUUGCUACUCUGGGCAGUGUUUAAUCGACGAGAGCAUCCGUCUCAGCGAAGCUGUCUACAACAGUCCGUGGUAUGAAAUGAAAGGAUCUGACGCCCGAGUUUUUCUAAUGAUACAAUCGAGAGCUCAGUCGCCGUUUCAAAUAACAGCUUUGAAAUUUUGCGUCAUGUCACACUCGUGCUUUGCAGAUAUACUUCGUAACUCUUUAACAUAUUUCUCCGUUCUACGAGCUAUAAAAUGAAUGACAAGAAUAGUCAAAUUUUGCACGCUUCGAGGAUUCUUUAACAGUAAAACCGCUUUAUCCGGAUGCUUCAGGCAAAUUGGAAGAGGUUACGAAUAUUAAAUUACGAAUGAUAUUAUUUCUCUGUAGAUAUUGCGAAAUGUGUAUAUUUUAAGUAUUAUCAGUAUAAUAAUCAAAAUACGUGUAUCGUUGAACUCAUCCUAAAAAAUUCUUCAUCCUUUCCUACUUAUCGAUUUCAUGUCUGUCACAGGUCCCAAACAUUCCCGAACGUCUCAAUUCAUUUUUUACAAUGGCAGAACCGUCGGACCACAUUUAUGUAUUUUUCAACCCUCA